AUAUAGCUGUAAUUAGUUUAAGAAUGUCUGUCUCCCAUCUUCAAGCUUGGGCUAAGAUUGAAGCCAGUGAGUUGAUAAAGAAGUAUGAUAGAAAUGGCGAUGGUGUUCUCACAAAAGAAGAGCUACAAUCUUUCCUUCACGAUGCUCGUCUCAAAAAUAUAAGGUUUGUAUCGUCUAGCACGAUCCCAAAAACUAACGAAAAUCUUGACCAAAAGGUUAGCUCAAAUACUCGCAUAAAACCAAAAAAGCAGUUGUUGGAUAAAGCUCAAGAUUCGUUGAGACAAUCUAAUGUACCUUUGAGUCGAGAGCAAAUAAAAGAGAUUUUUAAAUAUCAUGACAGCAACAAAGAUGGUUUCCUCAGCAUACGGGAGUUAACAAAAGCUUUCGGCUCUCUAGGAUCAAUUGUCCCAUUUGCCAAAGCUCGCCACGCUAUGGCUUAUGCUGAUGUCGAUGAAGACGGUCUUAUCAGUGAAGCCGAGCUUCACAAACUCAUUGAUUAUGCCGAAAAAAUCAUUAAGAAGAAAUGAGCUUGCAAGGAUAAUUCUUGGUGUAUUCUACUUAGGGAAGAGAAUUAUGUAACUAGAAGUAAAAUAUUAAAAAUAAAUAAAAUAAUAAUUUAAAAAUAAAAGGUCAUAUAUUGGAAUUUUUUAAAAAUAUUUUCUUUUCAUUUUUUUUUUUUUUGUUGCAAAAUUAUUGUAAUCAAAGCUUCUUUUGUUAAUAAAAUAGAAGAGAUGUAUGUUGGAGUUAAAAAUCUUAAUCUGUUAUUGUUGAGUGUUAAUAUCAAUAUCUCACAACAUUAUAAAUAUGGCCUUAAUCUAUGAACAUAAGCUCAAAAUAUUGAACCAAAAUUUCAAAUUUGACAACUCCUCCCAACUAAAUAUAUAUAUAUAUAUAUAUAUAUAUAUAAAUAUUUGAUUCU